AUGGCACUCCCUAUUUGCAGCCCAUCGCCAAAGCUCGAUCGCUUCCAGCAAGCUAUGGAAUCGAUAUAUGGGGAUUUCAGCAACAUCGAAAAACCGGAGAGCUGGAGCCCACCUCAGCGAUCGGGGGGCCAUCGCGGACGCUACCUUUGGUCGGACGCAUUUGGGGUGAUCAACCUGUUGACAAUGCACAAGGAAUACUGCCAGGCAGGUAACGACACUGUCAAUGAUGACCGAUAUCUUGUCAUAGCCGGCCGCUUGAUUGAUACCGUGCAUGAUGUUCUCGGCUGGACAAGAGACGGUCUCUCGCGACUCCCGGGAGCUACGGAUGAUAAUCCGUUGGGUGGCGGACUUCGAAUUGGCAAAAUGGACGAGCACGGAUCUGACUGCGAUGGGCAAUAUCAUCACUACUUGACAAUCUGGAUGUUCGCACUCAAUCGCAUGUCGAAGGUUUCUGGGAAGAACGCUUAUAAUCGCAUGGCUGUGCAACUGGCACGCGCGAUCCAUCCCAAGUUUUUCGUUAAUCGUUCCGGCCCCAAGCCACGAAUGGUUUGGAAGAUGUCCAUGGAUCUUUCUGCGCCGCUUGUUUCUUCCGAGGGAAACUUGGAUCCUAUUGAUGGGUUUGUGGUAUUUCGAAUACUGCAAGCUGCAGCCAUGGAGGCCGGUGAUGGUGAAGUACUGACAGAAGAAAUCAACGAUUACAAACGAGUCAUGGAACGCAAGGGCAAACACUUUGUUUCCAGCGAUACUUUGGAUCUAGGAAUGACAUUAUGGACGACACAUUGGUUCUCCGAGAGAGAACAAUGGGCCCUGAACUUGUCAGAAAGAUGCUUUGAGCAAUUAUAUAAUCUCUUCGAGAUUGAUCGAUACCUGGAGAGAAAUAUCAAAUUUCGCCUGGCCUUCCGAGAAUUUGGCACCUGCAUGGGGGCCCAGUGUCAAUCAGAGCAUAUGACAGAAAAGGAGGGAUCUGUCGAUCUCAAGAAUUGGUCCGAUUCCAUCAUCACUGCAUGGGAUCCAUAUGUGGAUCUCACGAUAUCACAGGGUCUCACGCCUGGUGAUUUGAAGCCCAUCACCCAUGUGAUGUAUGCGUCGGCUCUGAUUCCGGGAGCUUUCUGUGCAGGUUACUUUGGAUCAGAACCUGAAUUUGAAGCCGUAAUGGAUAAGAGGGGCAAGUCGAGUGAUCUUUGA